AUGACAUCGAAGACUUGCUCCAUCUGCGGCUCCACGCAGACGACGAUUAUGGACGGUUUAAUGUACUGUGCGACAUGCGGAACCCAGAUAUUCGAUUUUCGUGAAGUAGAAGCGGACGAUGAUGGGAUUGUCUGCGGUACUGCAAAGGUGAGGACCAAGAAAUCGAGAGAACUUCUUGACAAGUCGAAGGCGAGCACUUCUGGGGAAGAUCUGUCCACGUCAUCAGGCCGAAAACGACGCAAGUGUACAGUCCAUAUCACAGGCAAAAAGAGGCGUUUCCGCGUACUCUCGGCGACACCUGCACCUGCUAGUGGUCACUAUUCGCUCAAGCACACUUCACA